AAGUAGUUUGUUGUUGUGGUACUCACGUGCGUGAUCUAAUAAUCUGUCAUGGGUGAUAAAGUUACUUUGAGGCUGGCCGCUAUGCAGCAGCGAUUUAGAAAAGUGAUCGCUUUUAUAUGCGGUCUAAUCGUUAUUCUUUUAAUGAUUAUGGGGCUGGUAUCGACGGAUUGGCUGAUGGCCGCUGGAUGGCGACAGGGCCUGUUUAUGCACUGUAUAGAAGAACAUGCCCCCGAACCUUUGCCAUUUAACACUAAAGGAAGCGCAGGCUGUUAUACUGCGAGAGAUGUCGCUUACAUAAAAGCUUCUGCAGCCCUAUGUGUAAUUACCCUUUUGACUGAUCUUGUAGCCACCGUCCUAACUGGGUUGGGGCUGCGAACAAAGGACCAUCACACAAAGUUCAAAUAUUAUAGAUUCGCAGUGAUAGUUAUGGGUAUUGCUUUUGCAUCAAUCCUGAUCGCCCUUAUCAUCUAUCCUGUAUGUUUCGCAGCAGAAUUGAAUUUAGGUAAUCGAACAAUAUGGGAGUUCGGUUGGGCCUACGGCGUUGGUUGGGGCGUAGCCAUCUUCCUCUUCAGCGGCGUAGUUUUGCUAAUGUGCGACAAGGAGAGCGAAGAGAUCUAUUAUAAGGAGCGGAAAAUCGUACAUGACAACGAUUCGCGAGCCUAGUGGCCACAUAGUCUGCCCGACGUUGUCCUCUGAUCCUAGAGGGUCGCGAAGUGUCGCUUCUCUCCAAGGAAUAAGUGUGACUGUUGAGAUGAAUGAGAGAUUCCUUUAAACUUCAUAUUAAAAUUAAUUUAACUCACUCAAUAGCUGGAAAACCUCAAACAUCAAACGCAAUUUAUUCUAAGCAUGUAUGCAUAUAACUUGACUGGCAAACAAGCUGUUGAUGUUUACAUAAGCACCUUUUUGCGAAAACUGCAAUUAACGCUUAAAUAAUUACUCCAGAAUACGACAAGUGCCAUCCAAAAUACUGUAAAUUGUCUUUCCAUUAAUUAUAAAAUACGACUCUUGCAAAUGUUAUAAAUUUCAACUUGUUCAAAGGAAUCAGAAUGAAUGUUGCUUGCCUGUAAUUGAAUGUUCACCUGGUCAGUUUGAUGUGGAGACCAUAUUAAUUUUUCUUCUGGAUUUAAUGUACAAAAUAGUUUCUGUAGGACAAUCUAAUUUCUUCUCUUUUGUUGCACAUUAUAUUACGUGUUAUUAUUAUUAUUUAUUUUUUUUAACGUACAUUCUUGACUGGGGACAGAUUUGUUGAUUUGGGUUCCCUUUAUUUCUCUCUAAAAUGAUCAUGACAUAUUUAAAUUUAAAACGCCAAGCUGUAUAUAUAUUUUUUCUAAUCAAGAAUCCAUGAUACGCCCGUACAAAUCUGUUCCUAAUCUUCGUGGGUUAGUGAAUACUUUUACGAAGCUUCUGCUGAUCUCUCUUUAUAAUAAGACUACUGAACCAAAUUGAUAAAGAAUAACUUACUGGCUAUAUGAAGUGUUCAUUUGUCCACUAAUAAUUUAUCUAUUUGUGACAAAUUAGUUACGUUUCAUGAUUGAGUUUAGUGAAAAUUGUGGUCAAACUGAUUAGAAAUAUUUAUGUUUACCAUUUUUUAGUUGCUCAAGGGUGGUACAGUGGAACAUAAAGUUAAUUUUGACUACCAUAAAACUGUGAUAUUCACAAAAAAUAGGGAUUUACUUACAUACAUCAAAUAAAUGUACAGAGAUAAGUGGCAAUUCCCUAUAUAAUCGAUAUUUUAUGUUGUUCUGUACAGAAGCCGUUCACCCGUUUUGUAGUGUUACCUACCAUUUUUUACACCAAAUCAUCAAGAAAAUUACCCAACAUUGUUGCGAAUUUAUUAUUAACAGUCCAAUUGUAUUGAUGUAGGUUCUCCUUGUUGGGUAAUUUUGCAAGUUGAUUUAUUAUAAAGGAAUGAUUGUCGUGCGUCUGAGAGGCAACCCGGGCAGGCUAGGUGUAUGGAUUUAAGACAUAAAGACUAAAUAUUUUGGUUUUUAGGUUGGAAAACGUGGAUUAUGAAAGGUGAGAUUAUAUUUUAAACAGAAAAUAUCAUUAUUACCAUCAGAUUUAUAAUAUGCUCACCGUUCCUAAUUCAAUAUAUUUCCAAUAACUAGAUCCUAAGUUAAUCUCUAAGGUUUGACUACUUAAAUUAGCCCCAAUUUGUACGUUUAGGCUAAGUAAAAAUAUCAUAAAGCAACAUAUACAAAACAUUCUGUUGUUGCUUUCUAUGAGCUUCAUUGCCAGAGAAAUGAAAUGAUUCUCAAAUAAUUAUUUAUGUAAUUUAAGAGUAGUAAUAUAUUUAGAUGAUUAAAAUUAGUUAAUGUGUAAGGAAUAUUUGUCUGAUAAUGAUAUAACCAGUGAGUUUGCUGCCUUCAAAAAAAACCUAUUUUUAGGUUUCAUUGCAACAAGCAGCGAUAUCGUCCAUAUUUAUCUUGAUCAUUGGGGAAAAUAUCAAAACUUUACUCUUGGCACCUCCAUUUAUUAUUUAUUUGUAAUAAUAUGUAUUUAUUUUAGCCCAUGUACUGGUUGGAUAAAUGUCAAUAUAAAUUAUAUACAAAUUAUUUAUUCUUGAAUAAAACUGGUCUAAAUUGGCCAACAAAAAAAUAUUGAGUAAGAAAUGAGAGGCUCCCAUGAUUUCGAUUUCCUCUGCUCUGGACUUAGAGCUGAAUUUUUGUGAUAAUCUGAAUUGAUAUUUUUUUUAGUUUCAUUAAAAUUACACAAUCUUAAACUAAGCAUAUCUUUAUAUAAUAUUAUGUAAAUAUUAAUUCACAAUAAUUUCUAGUCAAGUUUAUUAUUUGACUUUUUUUUUGUAACCCGUAGUAGCCAUGCAAUUUGGAUUAUUUUUUAGAUUUACUUAAUUACUACAAGCUUCCAAUCUUUAUUCAGGCUCGGUUAAUUUUGUCAAACACUACUUCUUUUGAAAGAACAGUCGUUUUGUGGAUCAUAGAAUUGCAGUCAGUAUGUAUUUGCGUCUCCUGUCAUUGAGUAUAUUUAUAAAGAAAAUCGUUAAGUGACUCCAGGCAGUCCAGUAGAUAAGUCGGGUGACGUUUUGGAUAGCUUUAAUGUGUAUGACCAAAAAAGAUAAAACGUGGACCCAAUGUGUAGAACAGAGAAGGUUGACCAUCAAGACCAACUUAUUAUCAUUAUGUUUUUUGUAGAGAGUAUACAUCAAAGGUCCAAUGUUACGUCAUAUCUUCUACCUCCCUGACUUCAUCGAUAUUGUUAUCGGAAAUAUUGACACAAAUGAAUAUAUCUAGAAGAUACUGUACCUACAACCAAUAAAUUACCUGAAUUGGAUUGAACAACUACUGUUUAUCCUCUUUAUAUUCUAUUUUGGAAUAAAUGUGAGCUACGCAAUACAACACAGGCUCACACUUAGCAUUAUGGCAUUAAGUGUUUUUGAUGUUUAAGCCAUAUACAGUUGAUUUGAAGGUAAUUUUGGGUUAAUUUUUUUGAUAUUGAGAAAGAGAAAUCAGAAUCCAGAAAACUCAAUUUUCUUUUUUUUUUUUUUGUCAAAAAAGCUCCUUCGCGAAGAAUGUUGUAUAAUAAUGUUCCUACUUUCCGUGCUAGGACUGACAACUUUUAGCACUUGAAUUUAGGUGCCUGAGCAAGCAGAAUUUAUUUGCACUGAAUUCGUAACUAAUGUUCUAUAAUCCACAAAACUGACUUAACAACAAAAAUAAUCGAACGCUAUGGUUUGAAAUCAAAAUCUAAUUUCAGAUUUUUAUUAAUUUUUCUGUGAGCACAUUACUUGUUAUGAAAGACAUGUGUUUUUCAAAAACAUACAAAUUGUCAUAUGGAAGUUAUUUUCAAAGUUUUGUUAGAGCAUCUUCAGGCCCAGAUUGAUUGUGUAGUGUAGAUUAGGUAAUUAGUAUCAUGAUUGGUGAUAUUAAUUUGCAAAAUGCAAAGGGAAAAAAACUAUCACAAUAAACAAAUAUCGAAGAACUGGCCAUUUCCGUCCGACUGGAGCUAAAUUUACAAAACUCCAGGUUAAUGGCAACAUUGAGUUCCAAAUCGAGACUCAACCACGUUUGAGGUUGCUAGCCAGUCGCCUUUAACGUGGAGUCUUUCCAUUUUUGCACAACUACUUUCGCAUGAUCAGAAUAUCAAUUUCUAUUGGCCAGAUAUUUUAAAGAUAGUAAUAAUUUUCACCGUCAACUGAUCCUGAUAAAAUAUGAUCGUUAACUUUUUGAACUUGAGCCUAUAAAUCGUACUUGGACCUGGAGAUGUUUACACUCAUUUCAAACAUUAGACAAAAUCUAAUUUAUUAUAAUUACACAUAGCUAAUAUUUUUUGGCUUUCGCAAAACUAACCAGACUGAAGGCUCGCUCUUUCAUUGAGCUGAAUCUUAGGGUUGCCAGAUGUGCGAAAAAAAAUCGAAGAACAUUCAAAAAAAAGACUUGAAAAAUAAUUUAGCUUUAUAUCAUUAUAAAACAUAUACCUGCAUAUACAGUGUCCUCCAUAAUAUGUUCGCUACAUAUGGGAAAAAUUAGAUAUGGACAUGCGAAAAGUCGGGUUAGAUGGCAAAAUAUCGGAACAGAAAAUUCACGUGUGGAAACGUUGGCAAAAUGGCAGACAGAGUCUGUUAGACUCGUGAAAACGCUGUUUUCUUUUGACAGAAAACGGUUAUAUCCGGCGUCAGAGAUUGAUCGAGGCAAAUCCUGGAUGUGCCCUUCACAAAAAUAAGAAAAAAAUUGAAACCACUAGGGGACCUUCAUAUGGCCUAGAGUCUGACAACAUCAGGGUCACCACGAAAUUGUACUGGCAAUUGCCUUGUAGCAAAGCCAUUAAAAAUAAGAAGAAGAAGAAGAAAGUAAUUAGAACCAUAUCUUAGGGCUAUUUAAGAAAUUUGGGACAAAACCAACAAAAAAUAGGAAAUUCUUCGCCACAACAGUGAUUACGUGGACGAUGUCAAAAUGUACUUUCAAGUUAUCGAUCGCACAUAAGACAAAAUUCUAUGUCCUACAAAUUAAAAAAAUUCCCAUGUGUAGCAAACAUUAUGGGGGACACUGUUUAACAUAAUAUCAGAGAACCCAAAAAUCAUUGUCAUCAGCCUCAGUUUGUAUUCAGUAAUUAUUAUUUUACAAAGCGUCUUUUUGAAGGUGGCGGUGUGUAACAUUACAUGAAUUUUUAUGAAUUCAACAAAAAACCGGACAUUUUGUGGUUUACGAAGAUUUUUUGAUCGGACAGACACCUGGCAACCCUACUGACUCUGCGUCUAUGAUUCGUAUUUAUUUCUGAUAUUCUUUGAAAUAUUAGGUGUUACAGAUUCAAGUGUAUGCAUUUUACAUGUAGGUACUGCGCAAGCCAGUACUCCAUCGGAAAUUGCUCAAUAUUUUAGUCGUUCAACACUUAAACUUUGUACCUUAUUUAUAUUUAACUUUGAUAGUUGUCAGUUGCAGCACCUUCUAAUUUCCUUUUAGUAGGUAUCAUCUCAUAUUUUUGAGAACUUUUGAGAACAAUGUGUUAACAUUAAAGAGAUUAUUAUUUGUUACCAAUAAUGUUUAGUUAUAUGGCAGUUUGUUUACUGAACUUGAAAGAGGCAAGAGAACUCACGGUUUCGUAAGACCCAUAUACAUACACUCAAAUUUAUAACACCCUGUAUAAUUAUUAUUAGAAAAAUCAAUGUACAAACUUCUAGUUCUAUAAAUUUUUCAUAGGUUAGAUUUUGUAUUUAUUUUUUAGUUACCUGGCAGCUAUUAUUAUGUAUUUUUUAAAUUGGACCAAAAUUAGUUCGACUGUUUACUCGAUUUUGUUUUAUGUAGGGUGUACGUUUACAGAAAUGUUUUGAAGUCGAAAUUGGUUAAAUAUAAUGCAAAAUGUAUAUUAUUACCUAAGAACUUUUGUAAUCACUUUUAAAAAUAAAUGUAGCGAUGUGAUAUAUUAACUUUUAUGUAUGUAUGUAUGUAUAUACAUAUAAUUAUUGUAAGUGAAAUCUAGUGAUUUGGAUUUGACUAGGGAUUUUUUUUUGGAUUAUAUCAUGUCGCGUGCUUUUCGUAAUUAAGCUUUUUGAAAAGAGUGGUUUUGUUCAUUCGACUUUCAUUAAAUAAAUUAUAAAAAUUUCGAAAAUAUGCAAGUUUUGCAGCAAAAUGUUGCUAUCAUUUUUUGCACAUACAGUAUUGGCCAAUACUCGAAUUAUUACUAUAAAAUUACAUUUAUAAUUUAUUAUUUUUAUAAUUAUUGUUUAGUUAUUAUAAUAAUCCUUUCACCAUUUUUCGGUUGUAUAUUAGCACUUUUGUAUAAUUUUUUAUUUAUCGUAACCUAAAUAAAAUUGUAAUUUGUA